CCUGCCUUUUUGUACUAUAGUGCCAUUUGUACUAUAAUGCCAGAACCUGCGAAGUCCGCCCCGGCCCCAAAGAAGGGGUCGAAGAAGGCGGUGACCAAGGCGCAGAAGAAAGACGGCAAGAAGCGCAAGCGCAGCCGCAAGGAGAGCUACUCGGUGUACGUGUACAAGGUGCUGAAGCAGGUCCACCCGGACACCGGCAUCUCGUCCAAGGCCAUGGGCAUCAUGAACUCGUUCGUGAACGACAUCUUCGAGCGCAUCGCGGGCGAGGCGUCGCGCCUGGCGCACUACAACAAGCGCUCGACCAUCACGUCUCGGGAGAUCCAGACGGCCGUGCGCCUGCUGCUGCCCGGGGAGCUGGCCAAGCACGCCGUGUCCGAGGGCACCAAGGCCGUCACCAAGUACACCAGCUCCAAAUAAACCUGCCAAGUAAGCGUUUUACCACUUAAUCCCAAAGGCUCUUUUAAGAGCCAUGCAUGAUUUCUACAAAUGAGUUGUAAUUCUGCCAUUCCCAAAUUCUCUCUUAAGUUCAUGUACUGAACUAGAAACUACACUGCCCAUCUUUUUGGCAUAGCUCUGGCUGACCCGGAACUCGAUCUUGCCGCCCUCCCAAGUGACGAGACUAAGGAGCAUGCGCCACUGCGCCCUUUGUAGUUCGCAGCCAGUUUUAGUUCUCACGUUUGCUUAUAAUUGAGUUUAUUCAAGAAAUUGUCAUUGAAAGUCUUGAGACUAGGCACUA